GGGGCAGGCGGAGAUGGUGGUGCUAGGCUGAUGGCGGCGCAGACAGCACUGCGCUGAAGACGCUCGGGGAGCCUUGUCUCCAUCCGGACCGCUGCUGCCUGGCCAUGGGCAAUGAGGCCAGUUUAGAGGGCGGGGGAGCCGAGGGGCAGCUGCCCCCCGGCCUGGCCGCGGGUCCCUCCACCUCGCCUGGAUCCGCCAAGCCACCUUCAGCACCAAGCAGUGGAGGACAGCUCCCACCGGGCAGAGCGCCUGCCGCUGCACCGGGCCCCGCGCAGCCUCACGGACCCUCCGCCAGCACACCGAGAAGACAAGAACAAUCAGACUCCUCCUUUGGGCAGAGGACACCUUCCCCAUCCCUGACAAAAGGUGUUCCAGGCAGUGAAACCCCAAGAGAGAAACGGAGCCAGGGGCAGGCUCCCCAACACACCGAUGGGCCCAGGAGGACUCUCCAAGUGGGUGGAGGACGCUCACCAUCUGUUUCCCCGGAGCGAGGCAGCACGCCUACCUCACCUUAUUCGGUCCCACAAAUUGCCCCCCUUCCCAGUAGCACGCUCUGCCCUAUAUGCAAGACAACAGAUCUCACCUCCUCUCCUAACCAGCCAAACUUCAAUACCUGCACACAGUGUCACAACAAGGUCUGCAACCAAUGUGGAUUCAACCCCAACCCUCAUCUGACCGAGGUUAAAGAAUGGCUAUGUUUAAAUUGCCAGAUGCAGAGAGCUUUGGGAAUGGACAUGACCACAGCACCCCGCUCCAAAAGUCAGCAGCAAUUACAUUCUCCAUCCCUUUCUCCUUCCCAUUCCCCUGCCAAACAGCCACAACCACAACCACAGCCCCAAGUGGCAACAGGACCAGAGAAACAACCCGGAACUAUGCAGCCAGGGCCCAGGCCAAGUGCUGCAACCAUGCAACCCCCAUCCCCCAAACAUCCCCCAGUCUCGCCCCAGAGAGAACCACCCAGCCAAGUCCAGCCAAAACCUGCUGCUCCUCAGGAAGUGAUGAAGUCUUCCCCUCAGCAUCAACAAGCAAAGCCUUCAUCCAUUGAUCAGAGAAAGAUUGUAGGAGACUCCCCAGCUAAGACUCCGGUCCCUCCCCCCAGUGCUGGGGGGGCUCAAGAACAAACCCAAGAGGGCCUCACCGGGAAGCUUUUUGGAUUUGGAGCUUCCCUCCUGACCCAGGCAAGCACACUCAUGUCUGUCCAGCCAGAGGCCACUCCACCAAGUCAACAGUCUCCUGGCAAAGUGCCUCCAAAAAUUGUCUUCAGUGAUGCUAGCAAAGAAGCUGGCCCUAAGGCCCCAAGCACUGGACCUGGAAUGCAGAGUAAGCCUGGAACUGUCCCAGCUGCAAAGCAAGCGAAAGCAGAACAAGUAACCAAGCCAAAGGAAGUGCCGAAAGUAAGGGUUUUGUGCCCCCUCUGCAAAGCGGAGAUAAACGUGGGCUCUGGAGAGCCCUCCAAUUAUAAUACCUGCACAUCCUGUAAGCAGCAGGUCUGCAACAUGUGUGGAUUCAACCCAACACCUCAUCUGGUAGAGAAAAACGAAUGGCUGUGUUUGAACUGCCAAACUCAGAGGCUACUAGAAGGAAGCCUAGGAGAUCCUGCUCCAAUGCCACUACCCACUUCAAAACAACAGCCAACUGGAUCCCCCCGGCACCAAGCUGGAGGUCAACAACAGAAAGGAGCCCAGCAGCAUGAACCAUCAAUUGCUAAAGACAGGCAUCCUGCACAUUUCAGGACUUCAGAACAAAGCAAAUUACCAAUUGCCACAGUCAAAAAAAAAAUGCCUGCUGCUCCAUCUGAAGAAAAGCCACUGCCCAAAUUAGCUGAAGAGCCUCCAAAACCUUCUGAAAGUCCAUUGUCAAAAGGGAAAAUUACAGCUUCAAAACCAGAAAGAGAUAUCAAAGACAGCACAGUUGUAUCUGAAUCUCAGAAAACAAGAGAGCAAGAGGAAUCCAGCAAGCCUUAUCCUUCAGACCUGCAGUCGCGCAGCCCCCAAAGCUUGAGUGACACGGGCUACUCAUCUGAUGGGAUCUCUAGUUCCCAGAGUGAAAUCACAGGCUUAGUGCAGCAAGAAGAAGAACAGCUAAACGAAACAGGAAUUGUAGAACCAAGUCCUCCCAGUCCUUCUGAACUUACUAAGUUGGAAACCAGCAUGCGCCCUUUACUGGAGUCGAAAAGCUUGUCCCAUCCAUCAACCGACCGUGGGAAGACAUACCAUGAAUUACGGGAGGAGCAGAGGCAGAGGCAGAGGCCACGGUCACUUUCUAUCACUCCAGAAGCCUUUGAUUCCGAUGAGGAGCUAGAAGACAUAAUGGAAGAAGAUGAAGACUCUGUGGAAUGGGAUAAUCAAAGGGAGAAGAAGGACAGUGUGGAGUCUUCAGAUGAUUUUGGCAGCAAGCUACGCCAUGACUAUGUGACAGAUAGUAGUGAAGCAGGAUUCUCCCCAUUACCAACUAAACAGAAAGGCAAAGAGCCUGUAAUGACGGAUGAAGAAUUCAUGAGGAGGCAAAUCUUGGAGAUGAGUGCAGAAGAAGACAAUCUUGAGGAGGGAGAAGAAUAUGAUCGUGCAAAAUACCGUACAAAAAAUGGACACAAGCCUGAUUCUGAGAAAAGCAGAGAGCCUACUGCGUCCAAGAGACGCCUGCCUCACAGCUCGAGCAGCAUAUAUGAGGAGGAACAAAAAGAAUUGGAAAGCGCCGAGAAUGAUGAUAUGGCUGCAUCUCAGGGAGGUCUGCGUCGUUUCAAGACCAUUGAGUUAAACAGCACUAACAACUAUGGCAGAGACAUAGAGUUGAGCCAGGAGGCAGACAUCAACCUGGACAGAGAACCUGAACUGGAGAUGGAGAGUCUCACAGGCUCCCCAGAAGAUAGAUCAAGAGGUGACUAUUCCUCCACCUUGCCACCAACCACACCCAGUUACACCUCGGGCACAUCCCCAACCUCGGUCUCUUCUCUGGAGGAAGACAGUGACAGCAGCCCAAGCCGCAGACAGAGAUUAGAAGAGGUUAAACAACAGAGGAAAGCCCGGCAUCGCUCUCAUGGCCCUCUACUGCCAACCAUUGAAGAUUCCUCAGAGGAAGAAGAGCUGCGUGAGGAAGAGGAGCUCUUGAGAGAACAAGAAAAAAUGCGAGAGGUGGAGCAGCAGCGGAUCCGAAGCACGGCACGCAAAGCAAAAAGAGAUAAAGAAGAGCUGAGGGCACAGAGGAGGAGAGAGAGGUCUAAAACUCCGCCCAGUAAUUUGUCACCUAUUGAAGAUGCUUCGCCCACUGAGGAACUGCGUCAGGCAGCAGAGAUGGAGGAGCUGCACAGGUCUUCCUGUUCAGAAUAUUCACCCUCUAUUGACUCGGAGGCUGAAGGAUUUGAUGUCAUUGCCUCCAAACUGUACAAAUCUGGCAGUGAGUACAAUCUGCCAACCUUCAUGUCCCUUUAUUCUCCAACAGAAAAAAUGGCUAGCUCUAGUUACCCAUCCAACAAGCCCCUCAAAAGUGCAGAAGAAGCCUAUGAAGAGAUGAUGAGGAAGGCAGAAAUGUUCCAAAAACAACAACCUUUCCAACAAAGUAUUUCAUACAACAACACCUUUCAAGAAGUAAGUUAUCGUGGUUCGGAAGACCAAAGUAAUUUUGAAUAUCAGUACAUAGAUGACUAUGGUUAUGACAGUCGGAGUAUGGAUUCCUCACAAACUGACUAUCAGAAUGAGCUUUCCAAAUCUGGGGCACUAUAUGAAGAAAUCCUUCAAACAUCACAGAAUAUCUCCAGAAUGCAUCAAUCUUCUUCUCUGGAUUUGACACUUGAGCAAGAAAUGAAGAAAAAAGGGAGAGAAGAUCCCUAUCCAGAGAAGCAGUUUUUGAAUGCGGAGAGUGCUUAUGAAAGUGGCCCACUCACUCCGGGAACAAGUCCUACCCAACUCUCUGCUCCCGUCUCCUUUUCACAGACUGAAAGCAGUGCAGGCAGAAUAAUCCCCGAUGUUAGAGUCACUCAGCACUUUGAAAAAGAGAGUAAUGAGCAAACAAAGUUUCAUAGUUCCUCAGUUACAGCUAGCUCAGUUCCAAAGAGUGUAGCUAUGCCUUACUCAUAUAGUAAAGGAACUAGCCCAGUCACUACCAUUGUUUCUAGUCCAGCUAGCGCAAGCCGAAUUUACAGCUCUCCAACUUCAAGUGGCUCUGAUGUAUCACCUGUGUCCACCAUUAGCCAAAGUCAGACAAAAGUAACUGCAAGUUAUGGCUCUCAAACAGAAAACAUUCCCAGGGUCAGUGGGCCAUCAGUAAGAGAUAAACAUCAAGGUGUGACUGAUGGCAAGACGAACGUACCCAUGACAACCCCCAGAAUGUAUUCUUUUUUCAAAAGUUCCAGCCCACCCCUUUCCCCUUCUUCUCCAACUCAAAGUCCUACUUAUUCUGUUCCGAGAACUGGGAUGCCAUCUAGUUCUGGGGUAGGAACUAAAUCAACAGCUGAGUUUUCGACUCAAACACACAGCACAAUUAUUUCAUACGACAUUGCAACUACUGGGGCAUCAACAGCUUCUUCAAUGAUAGCUCAAGGAACACAAACUCCUCAGCGAGCCAGCUCCCCACGCCUGGCUAGGCAACAGUCAUCACAAGAAGCCCCCUUUAUGGUCAUCACCUUAGCGUCUGAUGCAGCUAUUCAAACCAGGCCAAUUGGUGUAAGUUCCUCCAUUUCACCACCUUCAUCUCCAACUCAGCAAGGCCACCAGCAAACAGUGCAUAGUUACAGCCAAACAGCAAUCAGUGCGGUGCAAUUCCAGUCACAGCAGGUCCAGACUACUCACACCAAGGCACAGCCAAUGCCUGAAAAAGCCUCUCCUUAUACUCCAGUGCAGAAAGUGCAGAGCACUGCUACUGACCCUAUGCCUGGUGUGUACAGCUGGGGCACCCUACCUGCAGAGAAUAUUUCUUUGUGUAGGAUAUCCUCAGUCCCUGGGAUGUCUAGAGUAGAACCUGGACCUAGAGCAUCUGGUAAUAAUAUUGUCGAUUUGAGGACAGCAAUAAAGUCUGUUCCAAUCAUUGUAACAGACCAGGGAAUGGAUCUCACGUCUGCUGAGAGCAGAAAAUAUUGCCUCACCAUGGACCAGUCACCAAGUCGGCAAUCCACAGCCAUCCAACCUUUAAUCAUUAACCUCAAUGCCCAGGAACAACCACAUGCUAUUAUCAGCAGUGCCACCACUGUCAGCAUAACAGUUGCGUCUACCAUGCUUAUGUCCCAAUCAAAGCAACCUUUCCAGAACAGAAUUGACUUUGGUCAAGAGACAGGAAGUCCAGUCUGUCUGACGCAAAUUAAACAGGUGGAGCAAGCCGUUCAGACCGGUCCCUUCAGAGGACCCAUGAGUGGAGCUGGCCCAUCUGCUUCUAUGGGCCAUCCAGAAGCGGCAGGUCCACAGCAAACAAAAUUUGCAAGAUACAAUUUGCCCAACCAAAUGACAUCCAUGAUAAAAAAAGAUACACUAAUUACUCAGACUAGCAAUGCCCAAAAUAUUGUGAGUGCCAUUCCCAGGCCGUUUCCUCAGGAUCAAAGCUCAGAGAUAUAUAGAGGGAUCCCAGUGGAAUUGAAAAGUCAGACUCCUUCAGUUGCUCUUGGAAGUAAGAAGUCCCAAGUGAUGAUGGUGCAGAUGGAUGACAUAGCAGCAGGGUCUGUCACAAAACUCAUCAAAGAAGAACCUCCUCCUAAUGCUCUGGACCUCACGGGAAUGAAGCCUGAGAGCCAAGUAGCAUGCUGUGAUGUAGUCUAUAGAUUUCCAUUUGGAAGCAGCUGCACUGGGGCUUUUAAUCCUUCUCCUAAGGUGCCAGAAAAACAUAUUGGAGAAGCAGCUCCCCUUGGCAAAGCUAGUGGCCAGUAUUAUGGAACCAGAGAACAGGAAAUGCCGGAGGCAUACCCUUACAGAGAACAGCCGGCACCGGUCCCUCAUCCAUACGAAGAGCACCGAUUCCAUCCACAUGGCAUGUUUGGGAGAUUAUAUUCCUCAAUGUCGGAUACAAAUCUUUCUGAAAUGGGGUUGAACUAUUACUCAGUUAAAGGAGAGCAGCCCUUUCCUUCCCCUGGAGCUGGAGAUUCCGCUGUGGACUUGACAACUAUGAAGCAUCCCUACAGCCACAGUUUUACGGAGGGAGGACACCUAGGGCAUGGGCUGCAAUAUGGCUCUUUCACUGACCUCCGUCAACCCACUGAAUUAUUAAGUCAUUCAUAUCCCAUGCGAAGGUACAGCUCAGCCUCCAAUAUCUACUCCGAUUAUAGAUAUUCAUCAAGAGGAGACUUGGCCAAUUUCCAGGAAGCUAGCCUAGCUCAUUACAGUGCUACCACUGCUCGUGAAAUCAGCCGAAUGUGUGCAGCCCUUAACUCCAUGGACCAGUAUGGGAGCAGGCAUGCGAACAGCCAAGAUCUUCUACAAUAUGGACAUAGUGCUCUUGGUGCUGCACCAGGAGGGACUGGAAACAUUAUGGCUCAACAGGGUGCCAUGAAAUCAAACAUGAUGUACAAUCCAAAUUUCCCAGAGUCUCGUUCUGGCUUUGGAAACUUAGCCCAAUAUAAUCUCUCAAGGUUUGGAUCUGUCAGACAGGUACUCCCUUCCACAGCUACUGUACGAGCUGCCGAUGGCAUGAUUUAUUCAACCAUUAAUACACCAAUAGCAUCAACCCUUCCCAUCACCACCCAGCCAGUUUCGGUGCUACGACCCAUGCUCCGAGGCCUGUACAGGCACUAUGCUCCAGGCAGUAUCACAGCUGUUCCUCUGGCUAGCCUCACCAGAGUACCCCUAGUUACUCCUAGGAUCCCCCUUGCAUCUCAAGGUCUUUAUCGCUAUUCUGUGCCCAGCAGGAUUCCUGCAGUUCCUUCCGCAUCUGUAAUGGAAACACCCAUGUAUUUAGGAAAACCACUUAGCACCUCUGUAGCCAGCACUGCUGCCAGCACAGUAAACAUAGCACCUGCUACUAAGUCCCCUGCUCCAAGCACAGUCAGCUUCCAAAGACCUGAGCAGACAGGGGUUGGGCCACGCGAGGAGGUGCCCAUGUCAACCUCAGAGGUUCAGGGUUCUGCCAGGGACACCAGCCAGACACAACAGGAGCUCCCUCCCCGACUGCCGGCCCAAAAGCCUCAGAUAGAAGCCCCACAGGCCAGCACUGCUAGCAAAGGAGCUCUGGAAAGAGAGGAAAAGGAGGAAGAACGGCAGAGGAAGCAACAUGAGCACAUCCUCCAGUUUGAAAGGGAAAGAGUAGAACUGGAAAAACUGAGGCAGAUGAGGCUUCACGAGGAACUGGAAAGGGAACGGGUGGAGUUACAGAGACACAGAGAGAAGGAGCAGCUCUUGAUGCACAGGGAAAUCCAGGAGUUGCAAUCCAUAAAGCACCAGGUCCUCCAGCAGCAGCAAGAGGAGCGACAGGCCCAGUUUGCCAUGCAGCGGGAGCAGCUCGCCCAGCAGCGCUUCCAGUUAGAACAAAUCCAGCACUUGCAGCAGCAAUUGCAACAGCAGCUGGAAGAGCAGAAGAGGCAGAAGAGUACCUUUCCUCCAGUAUGUGACCCAACUGGCCGGAUUCCUCCUCAGGUUACCCCUGAGGUAACGAUAGAAAUGCAAAGGACCUUGGCUCAAAAUGGACAAUACUGGCCACCCCUAAACCAAGCCUUUAUUGCUACGGCAGCCCCGGGGCAAGACGGACAAACACAGCCCCGCUAUCCGGGACUCCAAAGGCCUCUUACAAACUCGGCCUCUGAAAUGUCCCUGCAGACUGAAGAACAGUGGGAAGCCAGUCGGGGGAUAAAGAAACGGAACUCGAUGCCUCGUCUUCGGGACGCCUAUGAUAAGGAGCCCAGCCAUGAACCAUACUUGGUGAAAAAGAUCACAGACAGCAGUGUGCAGACUGAUGAAGAAGAUGGCGAGGAACGUUUCUAUGCAUCCCGCCGGCGCCGUUCCCGGCGCAGCACUGAUUGCAGUGUUCAGACAGAUGAGGAAGACGAUGCUGAGUGGGAACAGCCGGUGCGUCGCAGACGUUCCCGCUUCUCCCGCCACUCUGAUUCUAGUGCAGAGAGUAAAGCCGAUUCUUCAGCAAAAGGCAUGGCCAGCAUAGCCAUCCAAACCAUCAGUGACUGUUCUGUGCAAACCGAACCCGACCAGUUGCUCCGAGUGUCCCCUUCCAUCCACAUCACUUCCCCUGACCCCAAGGUGGAGAUCGUGAAGUACAUCUCUGCCCCUGAGAAGACCCAGAGAGGGGAGAGUUUGGCUUGCCAGACAGAACCCGAAGUGCAACCCCAGCCAGGCAUUGCAAUCCCUCAGCUCACAGUGCCCACCUCAAUCCCUCCUUACUCCUCCAACAUCCAGAUGGUCAGCUCUGGGCCUCUGGAUCCUCAUUCAGUCCGACAGCAAGCACUAGCCAAGAAGAAGCCUGUUCCUCUUGAAAUCGGCUACCAAUCCCACUUGCCCACAGACUCCUUGUCUCAGCUUGUGUCCCGACAGCCACCCAAAUCCCCUCAGGUCCUCUAUUCCCCAGUGUCUCCUCUUUCCCCUCAUCGGUUGCUAGAGUCAUCCUUUGCAUCCAGUGAAAGGCUCAACAAGGCCCACGUGACUCCACAGAAGCACUUCAUGGCCGAGUCCACCCAACGCCAGCAGACCCUGCCUCGUCCCAUCAAAACCAUCCAAAGGUCUUUAUCUGAUCCCAAGCCCAUCAGUCCCACCUCAGAGGAGUCUGCAAAGGACAGGUUUUCCUUGUAUCAGCACACCUUCCUGCCCGGCAGCCAGAUUUCAACCUUGCAAUCAAACACCCUCAUUCGGAAAGUGAAGCGGACCCUGCCUAGCCCCCCACCAGAAGAAGCUCAGCUUCCUCUGACCAGCCAAGCCCACUCACAGAUGUACAUGCCUGGCUUCAUGCCAAAGGGUAUUGGCGGGCAGCCCAUCCAAGUGACCAAAGCCAGCCUCCUUAGAGAACUCGACCGGGACUUGAAGCUGGUAGAGCACGAAUCCACAAAACUGAGAAAGAAACAAGCCGAGCUGGAUGAAGAAGAGAAAGAGAUUGAUGCCAAGCUGAAGUACCUGGAAUUGGGGAUCAACCAGAGAAAAGAAUCUUUGCUGAAGGAUCGGAAUGUUGGCGAUUAUCGAUAUUUGAGAUGCUUGGGAGAGAAUCGAGAUUAUAUGUCCGACAGCGAACUAAAUAACCUUCGCCUCUCUGGUUAUGAGAGUGGAAGUCUCCUGACAAGGCCCAUCGCCACCCCUUCUAACCAAUAUGCAGAAUUUUCCAGCACCCAGUAUACUUCAGCAACUUCCUACACCCCGUACCAGUACUCCUCAGUUCAGACCGCUGCACCAGGCCCAGCUACAUUCCAGCAAACAAGAUUUCAACCUCCAUACUAUCCUCCAGCAAGCAGCGGUCCUACUCAAAAUGAUUUCCAGCCAAGCCAGAUGCCUGCUUACCCUUCCCAAACUACAUACCAGGCACAUAGCUUCACCCCAAGUACUGGGUAUCAGUCUGAACUGGGCCUACAGAGCCACCAAGGCUUCUGCCCACCUUACCAAGUUCAGACCGCUUAUCCCAGUCAGACACCCUUGCAACCUGCCCAGGGUGCUCUUCUUCAGACUCAUGCAGACACCCACACAACCUCCCAGAAGCCGAGACAGACCACACUGGCUGACUUAGAGCAGAAGAUCCUGACCAAUUAUGAAGUCAUUAGCAAUCCCACUGUGGUGAUCUCUGCUGCAACUCCAGAAGUGAUCUACAGCACCGCAACAGUGACCAGCAGUUACGAUCAACACAAAGCCCCAGAAGGGAGGCCAGGAGAUAGGAGCAGUGUUGCACAAAGUCCCUCUAAGGGCUAUUCCUCGGACUCUCUAUACACCAAUCUAGAGCAAAAUAUUCCUCGGAACUAUGUGAUGAUUGAUGAUAUCAGUGAAUUAACCAAAGAGAGCAGCACAGGAGAGGGUCAGAAAGGGGAUUUGCCAUCACACAGCAGCAAUGGACUGCCUAUCAAAGAAAAGAGGGAGGUUGCAGAUGUAGAUGUGUCUGGCAGGCCUUGUUGCUAUUCAAAAGGAGAAGAGGAGUCUGAAGAGGAUAUUUAUGAUCAUCAUGGUCCUGACCAUCGGGGGAAAAGCUAUCCUAAAAGCACAGAGAGCAAUGGGAGAGUAUCAGGUAGUUCGUAUUACUAUGGAGACAGUGAUUAUAGGCCAUCUUCUCGUCCAGACAAGCAUGGAGCAAGUAUGGGAGUACAAAAACACUCUUCAAAAAAUCUGGCCCCUGCUGUCAUCUCUUCCAAGCGCAGCAAGCAUAGGAAACAAGGUAUGGAGCAGAAGAUCUCCAAAUUCUCCCCUAUAGAAGAAGCCAAAGAUGUAGAAUCAGAUCUGGCCUCCUAUACAGCGACUACAUCAGUCAGUAGCAGCAGUGUAGCAUCCAGAGCAAGGAAAAUGCAAGAUGAUAUCACUUAUGGCCUAAAGAAAAAUGUAUAUGAACAGCAGAAAUAUUAUAGUGUAUCCAACAGAGAUGGGAUGGAAGAAGAUGAUAGAGCAUAUAGUGGUGGGCGAUCAAGAUCCUCUGGAUAUGUGUCAGAAAAACUGUCAAGUCGUGAAAUUAGAAGCAGAUCUUAUGAAAGAGAGAGCAUGGAGAGGCCUCAGAAAGGAAGCUCCAAGCCUUCCUCCCUUAGUAUGAGUCAGAGUCGUGGGCGACCUCCAAUUCGCACGCAAACCUCAGAAGAAGAAAGUCCUAUCAGUCCCUUAGGGAAAUCCAUGGGCGUAUCGCGAUCCUCAGGUGGACCUCUUCCUCAGUCUGCUGGAGAUACUUGCUCCCAGUUUUGCUCUAGUCACUCAUUGCCUGAUGUACAAGAACAUAUUAAAGAUGUGCCAAGAACCCACUCUUACAAACACGAAGAAGGCUACAUCAUGGACGAUUCACACUGUGUUGUUUCAGACAGUGAAGCCUACCACUUGGGCCAAGAGGAGACGGACUGGUUUGACAAACCAAGAGAACCUCGUUCAGAGAGGAUGAGGCAUUACGGUGGCCAUUCCUCAUCCUCUCAGAAGAGAGGUCCAGUUAAACACACCUAUCAUGAUUAUGAUGAGCCCCCAGAUGAAGACUUGUGGCAUCAUGAUGACUAUUCCCACCCACGUCACUCUUCCUCCAAAGAUCACAGGCACCAUGGAGAUUAUGGGCGACAUUCAUCUUCCUCCCGCCACUCCACUGAUGACCUACCCAAGAGAUCAUCCAGGCAACACCCAAGAGAACCAAGCCGCCAUGAGUCACAUGGACGUGGACAUGGGCAGCCCAUUUCCCAGAAGAAGGCUCAGCAACCAGAUACAAGAACACAGCAAGGUUAUCCUCCCAGCUCCUCGGAGUAUCCUCAACAGUCCCGACAGUCGUCUGGCUAUCAUCAUACCUCAGAGCCCCAAAAAUCCCAGAGGCAGAUGCAACAUGGGCUGCCAUCUCAGCAGCCAAAAUCUGAGCCUCUGUCUCACCAACAGCAGCAGCAGCAGCAGCAGCAAAAGCAGCAGCAGCAGCCGCAGCAGCAGCAGCAGCAGCCGCAGCAGCAGCAGCAGCAGCAGCCCAGGCAACAGCAAGUUGGGCAGCAGCAACCAUCAUCUCGGCAGCAGCAACCACCAGGCAGACAACCUCAGCAGCAGCAUCAAGCAGGUCCUUCUCAUCAACAGCCACAGCAGGUUCGGAUGCAGCAGCAACAACCACAACAACAGCAACAGCCACCACUGGGAACCCAAGCCCAACCAUCCUUACGGCCAGCCCAACAGCAGCCUGGUCAGCCUCAGCCAUCAGGCAAACCGCAGCCAACUGCCCAAGCACAACCUAGCGCUCACCAAGCAGGACCAGCUAAAGCAGAACAGCCAGAUGUAUCCAAGCCUACCACAAAAGUGCCACAGGUGGGGAAAGCACCCCAGACACAACCGCAGGGGACAACUGGAGGCAUUAAAUUGGGCCCCAAACCAACAGGCGCAUCCUUAUCUACAGGAGCAGCAGCUGGACAGCCAGGAACAGAGGGUGAAAGUGUCUUAUCCAAAAUCCUGCCAGGAGGGGCAGCAGAACAAGCAGGCAAAUUGACAGAAGCCGUAUCAGCUUUUGGCAAGAAAUUCACAUCGUUUUGGUGAGAGUACAAUAUUCGGCAUUUGGGGAAAUAAGUGAAAUCUCAUCCUUGCACUGGAAAAAUCUAUGAAGAAUCCAUUGGAAUUCAUUUGCCGCUCUGAACUCUGGGUAUAAUACUUUCGAAACCAUGGAAAACCACUAGGUUCAGAGGACGAAACAGAAGAGCUAUUCAUACAGUUUUAUCCCUGUGGAUGUCAUAAGAUGCUCUUUGAAGACGCCUGAGCCAACUGUUGGCCACAAAGGACUUUCAAAGCCACUGUUGUCAAUCCGUGUUCUGCAAGCCUCAAGGGUUGAAAGCAGUUUCUUAGACUGAGAAGAUGUACGUAAGAAGGUGCAAUUAGAGAAGAGGGGCUUGUCACACAGGCAUGCCACUUUUCUGUCGCUUGAGAUGUUUGGGACUCCAGAAACUACCUAUGACUGUAGUUCCAUUUGUGCCUAGCAUCUGAUUUUGGGAACCAUGGCCUUCUCUUAGGAUUAUACACAAAGUUACUGAAUUUUAACUCUAGUUCUUCAUAGGUUUUUCCCAUUCUUCAAAAUGUGCUUGAACUGAGGGCUGGGAGCUGGAUGCUCCAUUCUCCUUCACAUUCCAGUUUGCCCCAUCAACCCCCAUCCCCUCCAGUGUUUGUUCCCUCUCAUCAUCCCUGCAAUGGAAAGUCUGGGACGAAGGGAACUCUGACUAGGACCUAACACUGUUUCACUACUGAGUUAAGAGGCCAUAGGACUGAAAGGCAGUGCAAACUGGCUGACUAUUGACUGACACAAAUGCUGGCCAGGCAUGUCUUAUCAGCCACCCAAAGCCAUCCUGAAGCCAUUCUAAAGCAUUCAAAUGGCAGUGCUUUUCAUUGUUAAUGUUGUGCAUUGUUUUAUGUAUGCCUGGGAUUUUUUUUUUUUAAAAAAAAACAGCCUUAAUCAUUCCACUUUUAUUUACAUGUAUACCUCAUUGGUGCCCAGAAACUGGGGGCUUGGUUUAUUAUUUUUUGUGAGGUUCCUUUUAUGUUUUUUCUUUUCUUUUCUUUUCUUUUGCAUAGUAUCAUAUGUCAUUAAUCUCUUAACUUUGUACUGAGUUAGCAUCUGGGCUGUUGUCGGCAGAAGCAAUAGAGUGCAGAAGGCUAUCAAGAGCACAAUCCAGUGUGAUGAGAAGAGCUUGCCUCUGCCAUCCUCCUUUAUCCUACUGUGCAAUUCAAGUCCUUCUUAAGCCAUUAUUGGUGGGCAUGCUCAGAAAGAUGGAGGAGCUACUUGGAACAGCGUGUUGAUAAACCUGCCCGCUUGGAGCUCUUUGCACUGUAAAUGGCAAGAGCCGAAAGAACACCCUGUGAAACAGCUCCUUUGGUGGUGGUUGUUUUUUUGUUUUUUUUACUUUUUUUGUUGUUGUAAAAAAAAAAAUCCAGUAAAUGUACAGAUGCUCCAGUUCCCAUUUGUCUGUGCUGUUUCCUGCCCGUCUUUCAUCCACGCUGAGCAUGUUCAAGAACAACAAUUCAUUGGUGUGACCCAUAGGAGCUUCCAUUCACCAUGGGUAACAGCAAAAUGAUUCUCAUGUCUAAUGUUCUAUGCAAUGAAAUUACAAAAUUUUAAAGACAACUGUUAAUAUUUAAUAAGUUCAAUGUUAUGUAUAAGGAUUUAAUUGCAAACGUGCUAUCAAGAACCUGGAUAGAUAUCUUUAUAUCGAACACCUGUGUGUAUGAAGUUUCCAAUUAGUGGCAUGCUUGACCCGUUCAAGGGACACUUUUGCCAAAGGGUAGCCAUAGAGCCAGUGACUGUCUCUGUCUGUAGUAGAGCAUGGCUUGCUACUUCUCUGCACGGUUUCAUCUACUUAGAAUGCUUGCCGUUUGUUCUUUGCUUGAAAUUCUUUUUUUUUUCUUCCAGUUGGUUCAUCUUCUUUACUGAAUGCCAUUACAGAUUUAUGCACUUGUUAUUGAAGCCCUAUCGAUGACACCAUGAAGAGUAAUUAUUCCACAGAACGUUACACUAGAUUUUCUAUAUUUAAUUGCACUCACUCUAGGCCCCUUGACACGUCCUCUCCUGCAACUGCCUAGGGUCUACUUUUAGGGGCUUCUUGGCAUGGUCCAAACCUAAUGCACAUUCCUCCUGACCAAAAUGUAAAUGAAAAUCCUAUCUAAGUAUUCAAGAAUUGCAGCCUAGAAAAGUAUCCCAAGAAUGAAAUAUAUUUACAAACAUAGCAAGGGAGACUGAACAGAUCUGUCAUUAAUUAACACAUCAAUUCCUCUUUUCUGCCUUCUGAACUUGGAGAGCAAAGGUGCAACUAAUGACUGUUAAUACAUAUAGAACUACUCAACCUACCUUUCUGAAAUUCUGAAAAUGUGGAAGCAGAGAACCACCAGGUGGUUAGUUCAAAACUGGAGUAAAUGGAGUGCCAAAUCUGAAGCAAUCCCACGUUUCCACCAAGCCCUUAAUGCAUUGAUAGCAAAGCUAUUUUCUCCCUGUAGGACUUGAUUGAAAGCCAGAAUACCACACAAAAACUGGAACAAAAAUAUAUACCUUUUUAUAUUGAGAAAAAUGGAGUGGGGCAAGAGAAAGCUAAUAUAUAUUUUACAAGUUAGAUUCUUCAAAAUGUGGAAAGUUUAUAAUCUUUUGAUACAGAAAAUAUAGUUUGUGUUCCUGUUUGGCAAUGCACUUGACAAGGAUGCUACAGGUCCUGAAUGUCACCUCUGUAUAAUGCUACAAAUACAUCAAUAAGCUCUGAAUCACACUGUGCAUGAAGGCAAUUUUUUCAGGAGUACUGCUGACAUGUAUAUUUUAGAAAUAUCUUUUUCCCACAGAGAUUGAAAUAAGAUUUAGUAAAGGGAGAUAGUAGGCCAAUGAGUAAUUUCAUGUUAGCCAUAGUGAUACCAUCCAGGUAUCAUAUUUGCACAAUCAACAGUUGAUUCCAGCUGCUUGACUAAAAUUCCUAUCUAAUACAAAUAUAUGUGAGAAUAUGUUUCAUAUACUCAUGUGUUGCCUUUGCUUGCACUUAAAACACCUUAGUUGUACACUAAAAAAAGUAUAUGAUGUGAUCCUUAGGUAAGUGUGUGUUAUUCUAAAAAAGCCUUAUUAUUCUAAGACUGAUUUGGACCACUGGCAUAUAAAGUGAUAUAUCUCAUCAUUUAAAAGCACUAAUUUGAUAUUUUGUAAGCAGCAUUCUAACAAAAGUCUUCCAUGGUUGCUACAAGCUCAAAGUAUAGUCUCCGUAUCCUGACUCUAUAUCUUAGAAUAUAUAUUCAUUUCCCCAUGAUUCUGGUUUCUUAGGUUCAUAGCUCUGUUGAUUGAGGUGAAACAAGGCAGACUGAAAAUCUUACCAGCUGCAUGGACCAUGAAAACAGUACAGUUGUAUCAGAUCUCUGUUACGGCAAGGAUUCCGCCUUUAGUAGCCCUUUGUAAGGGCAAGUAGGAAGCUAUAUCUGUGGUUAUUCAGUAGAUACUGACCACAGAAUUCAGCUUCUAAGUCAGGCUGCAUACAUAUUGGCUGUAUGACCCUUGGCAGUAUCUCCUUUGCCUGUUCUGUCUGUAGUUUGAAUGAGUGUGAAACCUGUAAAGUUAAGCUAGUCAUUUCCUAAGAGGCAGGACUUGGUGGAAAAACUCCUUGGCUCUGUGUUGCUCCACAAUUUUACUUAUAAUCAACCAAUUGCUUAUGUUUGCACAGUAACAAUGUGCAAUAACAUAACCACAUGCCUUUCAUAAUGCACUAAGUUAAAAGGUAGUUGACUAGUUUGUUUAGUGUCACAUGCAGCAUUUAAAACUAUGGGGUCCUUGGUGCUUUCUGAAUUUGGUGCACCAAUGUUACCUAGUUUGGUAAUGAAAUGUUUGCAAGGAAAUAACCAAACUCAGAGAGCACCAAGGAACCCACAGUUCCACCUGAGCUACAAUAUUUUUUUCUAUCAGUAGCCUUUAAAACUCUCCAUCUGCAGAAGUCCUUUUACCAGAGGAAUUAACCCAUUGUAUUUAAUGUGAAUUCCUGCACAGGUCAUUUGAUUUUGUAGUUGGUUAGACCUAGGAAAACAAAGGGUCAAUUUUUACAUUUAAUUGUGUUUCAGUAAAUUUCCAGCAUUGCUGAAUUGGUCAUUUUUCUAGCAAAAAUACAAGAUUUAGACAAGAAGCUUAUAUUUUGUUCUACUGCAGUAAAAAAAAAAAAUUAGCUCAGGAAAGCAUUAAAUGAAUUCCAUGGAAUGCACACUUGCCUUGGUGCAGAGUUUUCACCUCAAACAUCUAGUUUAAUACCAGUGCUUCAUUCUAGGCUUGCAGUAAGUGCAAAAUUAUCUGAAUAUUUGAAUUGUUUUAAUAAUGGGCAGGCUGGAAAUCAUUUCUAACAGAACAGGAGGAUUAAAACUAAUAUUCCUAGUAGAACUUCCUCAUGUGUGGUUUACCUAUAGAGUUUAUUUAACAUAUGGGUACAUCAUCAUCUUUUCAGGAUAAAUGUAAUACAUUUUGGGAAGUUAUUUCAACUAGAAUGGCAAACUGAAGCAGUGAGACUCCCACCAUUCAUUCAUUCACUCACUCACUCACUCACUCACUGAAUACUGAGAAGAGGGAUUUGGUUCCAAAUGUAGAGACCAAGCUAUCUGGUAAGGACAAGCAUGUUUUUUCACCCAGUUUCUUUCCAGCCACCCAGCCACUCUUUUUCUUAGUCUCCCAGCAAUGACAAGUGCAUAAUCUGAGGAUGCUUCUUCAGAACUCUAGACUGAAUUUGUGUUCCCUAUUGGUUUUCUCAACAGUGGCUGCUACAAUCUCCCUUGACCCCUUCCAUUGUAAAUACCUGUACAGUGUGUAAAAUAAAAGUCUCACAUGGUAUGAAGAAAAACAACAACUCCCCAAGAAAACAAUCAACUCACAGCCCCCUUUUGUGGGGGCUCCAUCUCAAUGACCAGCACACCUGCCAACUCUUGCUUUUGUGUAGAAAAACAAAAUCAACAAACAAAGCCUGAUGUUUGUAAUUAACUUUUCUGAACUGUUUUCCUUCUUGCAAAGCAUAGCAGAGUCCCAUAAAGCUGUUGUGGCUGUCACAUGACAUGUACCGUCCAUGCUCUCCUCCUGCCUUCAGUUUUGAAUUAUUUUUCUUUUUUUUUCUUUUCUUUAUUUUUUUGUAUUAUUUUGGAGGCGGCAGAGUUCUGUAUAGAACCAACAACCCAUCAAACAAAAGAAGAAGUUUACAGUUGUAAGUGCAAUGACCUUUAUCUGAACAUUGUAAAUGAUGUGUGUGUCCUGCUGUGCUCUGUGAGAACUUGUAGUAUUUCAGUGUAACACCUCAUGUAUUGUGAUUCCGUAUGGCAAGUUGCCCUACAAGGUAUUUCUGUGGAAAACAGAAUAAAAGAACUUGAUAUGAUUUACAA